AUGGCGCUUAUGUCUAAUGUCUUGAACCCAACUGGCCUCGCAGUCGUUGUGGCUAUCCUGGGCAUAGGCUGGCUAAUUGUAUCAACAAUACAUUCAUGGUACCGUCUCCGCCAUGUCCCCGGGCCAUGGCUGGCCUCAUUCAGCUACCUAUGGCUUAUUCGCAACGCCGUCAAAGGCAUCCAACUGGAGGCUUUCAAAACCGCUAGCAAGGAGUAUGGCUCACUGAUCAGAGUGGGCCCCAACGAGAUUCUCACAGACGACCCAGACGUCAUCAGGCGCAUGUCGAGCGUGAAGAGCACCUACUUGAAAUCUGGAUGGUACCUUGGCACUCGGGCUGUCGUGGCUCCCCUGACCAUGUUCAACAUCCAAGAUCCAGUGGCCCACGACAGGUACAAGGCCAAAGUCGGGCCUGGAUACAGCGGCCGUGACAUUCCUAACCUCGAGGCUGAUGUUGACACCCAAGUCGAAAGCUUCGUCCGCCUCAUUCGAAACCACUACAUCUCAUCUCCAGAAGCAGGGGGAGUAUUUCGUCCCAUGGACCUGGCGACAACGGUUUCAUACUUCACCAUAGAUGCGAUUUUCAAAUUGGCAUUCGGAAAGGAGUUGGGGUCUUUGGAGUCCAACUCGGACUAUGAGCAGAUCCACGAGACGUUAACCUCGACUAUGCGCAUGACGGGCUUCAUGUCGGACGUUUCCUGGAUGCGGAAUAUUUUCUUUACACCGCUUCUGAAGCUGUUUGGCCCGAGUGAUAAGGACAAAACAGGCCCUGGAAAGGCAAUGAAAAUGGCCAAUGAUAGAGUAAGAGAGCUGUUUCAGCCUACCCGUGAUAAGACGAAGGCGACGACGAUGGUGGAGUCAUUCAUCAAGCACGGCCUCUCGCAAGCCGAAUGUCAGGUAGAGACACUGUUCAUGUUUCUCGCCGGCUCCGAUACCAGUGCCACGACAAUUCGGACCACCAUGCUCUACGUAAUAUCGACACCACGAGUAUACCAACAGCUGAAGCGCGAGAUUGCGACCGCUGUCCGGGAAGGAAGAGUAUCAAGUCCCAUCAAAAUGUCCGAGGCUAAAGAAUUGCCAUAUCUCCAGGCAAUAGUAUACGAGGGUUUGCGAAUACGCCCCUCCCUCCUAGGCCUGACACUCAAGGAGGUACCCGAGGAGGGUGACAUGAUCGACGGGAAAUUCAUCCCCGGCGGAACGGCAGUUGGGAUGAACUUCCACGCCGUUUCGCGCUCCAGGGCCGCAUUCGGCCAGGAUGCGGAUUUCUUCCGGCCGGAGCGGUACCUCGAGGUUGACAGCAAGACGGCCGCUGACAUGAGACGGCAUGUCGAGCUUACAUUCGGCAGUGGCCGGUGGGCGUGCGCCGGGAAACCGAUCGCAAUGAUGGAGCUGAACAAAGUAUUCUUCGAGCUAUUCCGAUACUUUGACUUCCAGCUCAUGAACCCCGAGAAGCCCAUGUCAACCUUCUACCAUGCGCUUGCCAUCGAAGAAGAUCUCAUCGUGAGGGUCACCGAGUGUGACAUACUUGCCUGCUGA